AUCGUAGUGUAGGGCAGGCUGUAUGACACGACCCCCACCACUCGGCUGGAAGAGAUGCAUAAAGCCAAAAGGAAAACUUCAACUUUUCCCAAGGGGGUAGAAAGGGUAGUAAAGGAGUACGAUGAGGAGAAGAAUGCACGGCCCCUGUCCUUGUCCGGUCAUGUCGGCUUCGACAGCCUGCCUGACCAACUGGUCAACAAGUCCACCAACCAGGGAUUCUGCUUCAACAUCCUCUGCAUCGGGGAGACGGGCAUCGGCAAGUCCACGCUGAUGGACACGCUGUUCAACACCAACUUCGAGAACUUUGAGUCGUCACACUUUGAGCCCAAGGUGAAGCUGCGGGCGCAAACCUAUGACCUGCAGGAGAGCAAUGUGAGACUCAAGCUCACCAUCGUCAACACCGUGGGCUUCGGGGACCAGAUGAACAAGCAGGAGAGUUACCAGCAUGUGGUAGACUACAUCGACACCCAGUUUGAGUCGUACCUGCAGGAGGAGCUGAAGAUCAAGCGCUCGCUCCACAACUACCACGACUCGCGCAUCCACGCCUGCCUCUACUUCAUCGCACCGUCCGGACACUCGCUCAAGUCACUAGACCUGGUCACCAUGAAGAAACUGGACAGCAAGGUGAACAUCAUUCCUGUGAUCGCCAAAGCUGACACCAUCUCCAAGAGUGAGCUGCACAAGUUCAAGAUCAAGAUCAUGAGUGAGCUGGUGAGCAACGGAGUGCAGAUCUACCAGUUCCCCACCGACGACGAGACCGUCUCCAAGAUCAACACUGCCAUGAAUGGCCACCUCCCGUUUGCAGUGGUGGGCAGUACGGAGGAGGUGAAGAUUGGCAACAAGAUGGUGAAGGCUAGGCAGUACCCCUGGGGGGUGGUGCAAGUGGAGAAUGAGAACCACUGUGACUUUGUGAAGCUGCGUGAGAUGCUGAUCUGCGUGAACAUGGAGGACCUGCGGGAGCAGACGCACACGCGCCACUACGAGCUGUACAGGAGAUGCAAACUAGAGGAGAUGGGCUUUAAAGACACCAACCCGGAGAGCAAACCUGUCAGUCUGCAGGAGACGUACGAGGCUAAGCGUCAGGAGUUCCUGGGGGAGCUGCAGAGGAGAGAGGAGGAGAUGAGGCAGAUGUUUGUGCAGCGCGUCAAGGAGAAGGAGAUGGAACUGAAAGAAGCAGAGAGAGAGCUCCAGGGUAAGUUUGAGCAGCUGAAGCGCCUCCACACGGAUGAGAAGAGUAAGCUGGAUGACAAGAGGAGGACGCUGGAGGACGAGAUCAACUCUUUCGGGAAGAAGAAGGCGGCCGCCGAGCUGCUGCAGGGACAAUCAUUUAACACCAACACCAACGCCAAGAAGGAUAAGGACCGCAAGAACUCCGGCUUCAUGUGAAGACCACUGGAAAGAUCUGCCGCCUCCCUAUGGCAUCACCGUUACCAUGGGAAACAUCACAUCACACCAUCACCGUUACCAUGGAAACCGGCAAUUACAAAACUCUCUCGCAUCACCCCUUCACUUCUUGUCCUUCUUUGCACAGGGUAUAUCUUCAUGUGUACGUACGUAUGUCUGUGUGUGUGUUUGAGAGAGCAGCUGGGUUUAGGUAGUUUACACCACACUGUGUGUAUGUGUAGAAGCACAGAAGCCAUGGCUGCUCUGCCCCCCCCUCCCCACACUACGUGUGAACAAGCCAAGUGACCUUUGAACUUUAUUGGGUCAGAUGAUUACUCAGAACUCUUCCUUUUAACUUUGUUACUUAUGCAUCAAACUUGCUGAGAACGACCCAGGUGCCAAACAUCCUGCAGCAAUGUGUCUGAGUGACUGACUGGCAGGAUUUAACAUGCCGUGACAGGAAUGCACAAUCCCAUUAGAAUCUUCCGGUAGUGGAAUUUGGAAUGUCCACCAGUGUUCUUCACCAUAAAUCUUCACCCACUUGCUGUAGGUCUGCUGUAGAGUUCCGCUGUCUAGUUUCGAUAAGUCAGACAUUCCCUCUUUGAUUUACACACAAUUCAUUUUUUCCCUCAAGAGGUUCACGUCAUUUAUAUAUAUUUCAUUUCUUUUUUUUCCCCUGUUUAUUAUUUGAAGUUACACUUAUUUGCAUGUAUUUGUGUUUUUUAUAUAUAUAUAUAUAAAGGUGUGGUUCUGUCUUUGUAUACUUUUGAAUAUGAAUCACAAUGUAGGAUGACUGUUUUUGACUGUGAGUGUGUAUGCAUCUGUGGUUUUGAGUGUGUGGGCGGGACUGGGUGUGGAGUUACUAGGGUUAAGGUUUUGGCAGUAGGAUCUGCUCAGGGUUAGUGAUUAUGGGCCACAGAAACCCUUUAAAAAAACUUAAAAGCCGCUUCAAAUACACAUGUUCAUAUCAUUCUAAAUUUGUCAUCAAGUUUAAUCUCCGGCUUCAUGCUUUCGUUGGAUUAAUGGUGUGUAGCAUGUUGGGGCAAAACGGCAAAGGUCGGGCAAUUGCCCAGGGCCUCGUCCAAUCAGGGCCCCUCGUCGUUGCAUUACAGUUUUCGUGCCCCUCAAAAAAUGGUUCCUUGUCCAGGGCCUCAGAUUUCCCUAAAACUGCCACUGGUUAGGGCUAUAAGGUUUUGGCUGAUUUGAGAAAAGCAGGCUUUAACGGCUAUGGGUUUGUGGCUAAUUACAAUAAGCUUGCCGCUGAUUCGAUUAAGAUCCGAAUUUAAGAUUCUGAGGUCACACUAAGAAGCCGUUUACACGUAUAUGUAUCUUUUUGAGAACGCAUUGGUUUUGGCCUUUCGUUUACACGUUAACAGUUUUAAAAUAUCCCAUUCAGGGGGCUAAAACGUAGUUUUUAUUUUUAUUCACAUGUUGCGUUUAUACCCAAACAAGAUAAAAAAAAUAUCCAGAUUUUAAAAUAUCUGGAUACGUGUAAACGGCACCUAACCCUGAAGCAUCGCUGCCCUCCUCUACAGAGCUGAAGAUCAAUAGUGGCACUAUGCAAUUCAUAAUAAACUCCCAAGUAUUUUUGAAAAGCAAAACACAAAGAAAUAAUGUUUUAAAAUGUUUAAAUGGAAUUCAGGUACUGCCACUAGUAACACAAGAGUGCCUUUUGAAAAACACUAAAGUAUUAAAUAGUAACAUGGCUGCUUACAUUUGAAGAAAACGCACUCACUUGAUAAGACUCUUCUGUGUAUUUGUGCUGUUUAAGAUCUGUAUGUGUGUGUGUGUAUAGUUACUCUCACAUGAUGCCUGAACACUUUUUACCUUUUGUAACCACGAGUCAAUUUAUUUUUCCCCCUUCUUGCAUUUGUAGUAUGAAAGUAAUACAUUUAUAUUUAUCUCAACUGUUUACAUGGGGUUUACGAACAAACACAAAUGCUGAAAUAAAACUUUGUAAUAAUCUA